CAUUGAUUUGUGUAAUAAAUAACUCAUUGAGUUUUGUGGCAAUAAAUUAAUUGUGAUUUUUAUCAUAGCCUUUAUAAUAGGCUAUUGUUUUCAUAUUGAAUUAUUUACUGAAUUAAUAGUUAACCAAAAAUUAACAGGGUAAUAAUGUCAUUGGACGAGCCUAUCAUUAAUGUGACACAAGUUUUGCAGUUGACAAAUCUGGACAUCAGUGACAAUGACAUCAAUUGGUCGAAAGUCAAGAUGAAUGGCUUUCGGUGGAUAGCCAUCAGACACAGCCGACAAUCAACUACCGGCGCCGUCAAUAACGGUCACAACGAGCUACCGGCGCCCUCAACGGGAACGGUAGUCGGGAGUCUGCCGUCGGAGGCCUAUUAUCCACACCUAUUCAGCCCCGGCUAUCGUAACCACUCGUGCGAUGACUUGAAUCAGUGGCUGAGAGAUAAUCGCGAAGACAGCGACGACACUAAUGGUGAUAACGAGAGGCCGGGGAUGUCGGGCACAGGGAUGGAGUCCGUGAUAACAGUCGUGAAUCCGUUUACGAGACAACUAUACAACUGUCAGAUCAGUUGCGACACGAAAUGCGCGCAAAUCAGCGCCGAUAACGACAUGAUUGCCAUCUCUAACGACAAGUUCUUAGCCGUGUAUUGUGUCCACACGAACCAGUGUCUCAAUACCCUGCCGUUCCCCUCCCGGUGCCGACACUGGAACUGGAUUCGACAUAAUGUGAUUGUCGUGAUCACCGAAAGGGAAGUGUUUCACUGGAACAUCGAUGUACCGGAUCUCAAGUUUAAGCCGGAGUUGAAGUUUAAAGUCGAUAAACGACUGCAAGACUAUCAGAUCACUGGCUAUAAGUGCGAUAAGACUUGUGAUCAAUGGUUUGCCAUCACAUCCCUAUACCUCGAUGACGAGGGUGAGGUGAAUGGUUGCGUCCAAAUCCACUCGACCCGCAACCAACUGUCCCAAUGCAUCGACGCCCAGGCCUUCACAUUAUGUGAAUACAAAUUCAUAGCCAACCAAAUGCCGACCCAAGUGUUAUUGGCGGCCAAACGGCACCAAACAAACGCCCUGAAGAUCUAUAUCAUCGAAUUGGGACCGAUUCAAGAGUGCAAUAAUUCGCUGAUAUCGCGCACAGAAGUCAUACCACAGUUGGACACUAACGACGCCAAUGGUCUGACGCCGGACUUCCCGGUGGCCAUUGAGUGUAACACCGAUUUGGGACUCAUUUACGUGUUCUCGAAGUACGGGGCGCUCUAUGUGUGCGAUAUAGAGACCGGUGCUCUCAUCACGUCGGCCCUCAUAUCCUCGUCGGUCAUAUUCAGCACGUGUUUCGACUCCGAGACGCAGACAGUGAUGGCCAUCGACCGCACCGGUCAGCUGUUGACCAUUGAGUUAUAUUUGUCGGCGUUUGUCAGGCAUCUGAACGCUAUCUCGAAGCCAGAGAUCGCCCAACGGAUCCAAUCGGUGGUCGAUAAUAGCGAUGAUGACGACGAUGGUUACGAUGAGGUCACGAGACUCUGAUGCCGAAGAUAUUGGUGUUGUUUUUAGGCGUAUUGUAUACUAAUUGUUGUGAUUUAUUGCGUGAAUUAUUGUGUAAUUUCUUAUUUAUUUAUUUAUUUAUCAUGUGUUGUGAAUAUAAUUCAUGUUUAUUUUUAUACCGUAA